AUGGAUUCGUUAGAUCGAAGCGUGUCGAACGCAGCCAAAGAGGCUCUUGAUGAAAAAUCUUCAUUUUGGGCUGGUGUAGAAUGGUUUAUUAAUUUUCUUCGUACAAAAGUCAAAACAUUUUUUACUGAACAAAUUAAAUCUUUACCGAUUGUUGGUACAUGGGCAGCAAGAAUCGGGUCGACUGUAACUGAAUUCAUCUUUACAGUAUUGGGUACAUUUGUUAGCUUUUUUAAAAUAAUCUGUGGCAGUCAUAAAGUAUGGCAACACGCUCAUUUAGUAGCAAUGACAGCUUGGGAAGCAAAUGCUGAUAAUGGGCUUUUGGCUCAAAUAUAUGUGUAUGGAAAGAAAAUGGCCGGAUAUUUUUUAGAAAUCAUUAAACAAUGUUUUGAACGUGCAAUACAAGCGCAUGGUUUAGAAAUGGAUCAGGCUCAAAAGGAGGACAUUUCAAAGUUGUUGGAUUCAUUACUUCAAUAA